AUGGCCCGACCGGUGCCACCGCCCCGGCGGGACCGGCCCCGGCCCCGGCACAGCUACGAGGGCUUCGUGGAGAAGCGGGGGCCGCGGGACAAGGUGGAGGGCUACCGGAGGGUCUGGGCCGGGCUGCGGGGGCUCACGCUCGCCUUCUACGGGGGGCCCCGGGACUGCGAGCCCCUGGAGGUGCUGGACCUGGGCGAGCUGGUGGCCGUGUGGGCCGAGGGUGGGGGCCUCGUCCUCCGACUGCGGGGACAGGAGGUGACGCUGAAGGCGGAGAGCCGGGAGGCGCAGGAGAUGUGGCGGGGAUUCAUCCUGACCAUGGCGGAGAUGAAGGUGCCCACCGACCUGGCGCUGCUGCCCGGCCACGUCUUCCAGCUCUCGGAGGCCCUGCGCGAGGAGCGGGACCGCAGGGCCACCCCGGGGUCCCCCGCCACCCCCAGCCCCCCGGCCACCCCCAGCCCCCCUGAGCCACCGCUGCCACUGGUGCCCGGCUGCUUCUUCGAGGUGACGCGCCAGGAGGCCGAGCGGCUGCUGGAGCGGAGCGCGGAAGUGGGGAACAUGGUGCUGCGCCCCGGAGGGCACGGCCGGGGGGUGUCCGUCACCACGCGCCAGGAGAUGAACGGCACGGUGCUGCUGAAGCACUACAAGGUGAACCGCGUGGACCAGGGCUACGUCAUCGACGUGGACACGCCGUAUCGCUGCUCCUCGCUGGCCGAGGUGGUGCAGUACUUCGUGGAGAGCAGCAAGGGCAGCCUGCAGCCCCUGCGCCGGGAGUACAGCCGGCGGCUUGAGUUCGUGGAGACGGAUGGUGAGAACGGGGAGAAGAGUCAGGGGGUGUGCGAGCCCCCCCCGGCCGCCCCCACGCCCCAGCCCCACAGGUUCCGUGCGCUGAAGCCACCCCUGAGCCCCCAUCGCCCUGCGCUGCAGCCCCCGGGGGGGUCUGGAGGACCCCCCCCACGUGGGGCCAUCCCGGAGGAGCAGAUCUACAUGAAUGAGCAGGGUGAGCGAGACCCCCAGAGCUCGGCACCCCAUCCUGCCCCCCGCCAAGCCCUGCUGCCACCCCACGACCAUGGCAUGGUGGAGGAGCUCGCCAAGAAGCUGCAGCUGCGCCGAGCUCUCAUCGAGGACUGA